CAUUUCCGGUGCUGCAAGGGAUAUUGUUUUCUCUUUAAUUUUAAGCUCAAUAGAGGGGAAAAGGACAUACAAACAUCAGAAAUAGGUAGACAGACAAACAUUACUUUCAAAAAAGUGGAGAAAGUGAUUCAAAAUGAGCAGUUCCGAGGAAGUGUCGUGGAUCUCCUGGUUCUGUGGUCUCCGUGGGAAUGAGUUCUUCUGUGAGGUAGAUGAAGAUUACAUUCAGGACAAGUUCAAUCUCACUGGCCUCAAUGAACAGGUGCCCCAUUACCGACAGGCCUUGGACAUGAUCCUUGACCUUGAGCCAGAUGAUGAACUGGAGGAGAACCCAAACCAGAGUGACCUGAUUGAGCAGGCAGCCGAGAUGUUGUACGGUCUUAUACAUGCCCGCUAUAUCAUGACCAACAGGGGCAUUGCACAGAUGAUUGAGAAGUGGCAGCAGGGAGACUUUGGAUACUGUCCUCGAGUAUACUGUGAAAAUCAACCCAUGCUUCCUAUAGGUUUAUCUGAUGUUCCCGGUGAGGCAAUGGUGAAGUUGUAUUGUCCUAAAUGCCAGGAUGUGUACACGCCCAAGUCAUCACGACACCACCAUACAGAUGGAGCAUAUUUUGGUACGGGCUUCCCCCAUAUGUUGUUUAUGGUGCACCCAGAGUACCGCCCAAAACGCCCAGCAAACCAGUUUGUACCAAGACUGUACGGAUUCAAGAUCCACCCCCUAGCUUAUCAGCUGCAGUUCCAGGCUGCUGCCAACUUCAAGAUGCCCAUGAGGGGAAUCGGCCAUAACAACAGUAAACGAUGAACUAAGGCAUCCAGUCAGAUACUGUUUUAGGCUUAGGAUAGAUGGAGAUGCUGGAGAUGCAACGGGUGUAUUGGAAGUACAUGUAUUAUACUUAAAGAUUGAGAUUUGUUAAAUCCUUUUUUUAUUUUUUUAGAACUGUUGAAAAUGCGAUUGCAGAUACUUGACAUGAUUAAUGCAUACACGUGAAGCGUGUUUAAAUUUUUAGUUAUUGAUAAUUUUAAUAGUUUUUCAAAGUAAGCACAUUCAGUUUUGUGAUUUUUGUUGCACAUAAAGAAGUGUUGUACAAUUCAAAAUUGCAUUGUCAAAAAUAUUGUAAAUACAGAUUAUGGUGUAUUGACAUAGAAAUGAAUAAACAUUGACAACAUUUUAUCCGUUAGCCUGUUCAGCACAGCCAGAGGGCGCUAACAUAAAGGGACUGAGUGCAGCACCCUCCUUUCAUUCUCAAAUUAGCUAGCACCAGCAAAACUGGUGGAAAUGUACCAGUGCUCGGAUUUCUAUCUGUAUUAAUAGUAUUUUGACCUCUAUCAUUGGAGUGAUGCUUUUUCUUAGUCAUAAUUUUCCCAAACAUGUGCUGUAUUAAGUCAAAAUUGUGUUGUUAAGGAUAAUCAUUGUAAGAAUUUCAUUGUCUGACUUAUUUAUGUGAUAUUUAUGAAUAAAUGGUCUUUUGUAA